AUGCCGCGUAAAGCUGGAGACGAUUAUAGUAAAUUAAAUGACGACUGCUGUGAAUUAGCUAAAAACAACAUGUUGCAUGAUGAUGAGUCUAAUUAUUAUGGAAGAACUAACACACCAGAUGAGAAUAGUUUCGUAACCGCCAAUGAAGAUUCGUGCAAUGAAAGUUCUGGGAUGCUAGGCGGAAUAGAGAAUGAUAAUAAUACCAAUAGGAAUAAUAAUAAAAGUAAUAGCUCAACUCUAUUUACUGACUCUUUCAGGAAUUGGUUUCUAGGGAAGGGCAACGAUAAUUCAGAAGUAAAUACAAGACAAGUUAAGGAUAUCGGUGCUGAUUCUACUACAAUUCAUGAAACUAAUAAUCCAAAUACGAUAAGGAGAGGAAUUAAAAACUUUUUGAGAAUAGUUGAUGUCGGUUAUGAAAAGGAUUCUAUAGAGAGUCAGAAAUUACUUCGAACGUCACGUAUUGGGUGGAAACUCGGUUCCAAGAUGGAAGAUCAUCACACUAAUGAAAAUUUUGAUGACCAGAGUACGAAAUCAGAUAAAUUAAAGAUGAUUAAGAAUGAAGGCAGAGUAAAUGUUAAAAGAUUAAAUGACGAGUUGGAAGGGUACUGGAACGUACAAAACAAUAGUAGUGCUUCAAAUUUACAAGAUUCACUUACUUCAAGCAGUGAAUCUAGUUCAACUGAGCAAGUAAGCACCAUUAGGCGUACAUUAUCAAAAGUUUUACAUCCUUUGUGUACCAACAAUGAACUUUUGAUUGAAAAAGCACGCAAUCAUAAAAUGUCAGCCGAUAGUAGGAAGGAAUUUGACAAUACUGGUGUUAAUAAGCCAGUGGAUAGCACUAGCUUGUCAAGGGUAUCGGUUAGCUCUUGCAUUUUGAGGAAUGACAACAAUCAAAAUUCUUAUGAUAAAGAUUUAAUGAAAAGAAAAUUAAAUGGGUCUCUCACUGCUGGUGUAACUGGUUGUGCAACUUUGAAAGGUGAAAUUAGUGAUCAGCAAUUGAACUCGCAUAAUGGAAUUGAUACUGGUUCUCAAAAUGCGGUAAUUUCGUCGGAGGAUGAUAACAUAUCCAAAUAUAAAACUAUUCGUUUAAAGGAUAUGCGCAUAUCAGAUCCUAAACAAAGCUAUUCGAAAAAUAUAUAUAAGCUGCGGUCUAAGAAUGUCAAGAGAGUGGAUGAAACUGAUGUGAACCCAUAUAAAUUUGUUUUCAACUCGCCUAAUCAGUACAAUCUGGAUGGAGAGCAAAUUGAUAACAUUCAGUUACCAAUGGAAGCUGCAUGUUAUCAUAAUUUUAAGGAAUGCCUCGAGAUCCUACAAGCUAAAACAUUACCAACGCUAAUCACUUUGUCGAUUGAGGAGUUUAGUAUUCGUAUACUUGAACUGGUUAAGAUCAAUUUUAAUGAAUUUGAUAAUGUUAGUGGUAAUAUAAAUGAUGGCAAACAACCUGGAGCAAGUACCGGGAAAGGUGAAUGUAUAUCAGAUGAAAUUCAACAAUUGAAAGAGGAUAACUUUCAGUUAUCAACUAAACUGAAAACUGCUAACUUUGAUUUGGAGACUUUAAAAACCAAGUUGGAAGAUCUUGAAAAGAAGCAAGACUUUAAGGUUAAACUAAAUGAUUUGAAAUCUUCUCGCUCCGGUAUACAUGAACGCAACCUACAAAUAAUUAAUAUGAGCAAAAGAUUGAAAGUUACAAGUAUUGUUUCUGAACAUCUUAUUUCAUUGCUUGGAGAACUAGUUGAUAUAAUUCGCUUUGAUUUGCAGUCUUCAAAUUAUAACUUUCUUACUAAUAGUUUAACUGAAAUACUUAGUGUAGUUUCCCUGAAGGAUACGACAAAUUUGAAUAUGGAAACAUGGAAUUUACGACUGACCUACAUAAUCAACUAUUAUCUAGCUAGCUUUAGAGACUUGAUUGAAGCUAUGGUAAGACAAAAUGCUGGUAAUGAGAAUGCAGUAUCCUUUAUGUCAAGUGCAUUGCAUCAACUACGUCUAGAAAAUGAAAAAAUAAAGAGGAGAGGCGGGCUGAUGCAGAAAAAGCAAACCAGGUCAAGCAUAACAACUUAA